GAUUUGUUUCUUUGCGAAAAUGAAUACAAUAUAACUAAAAGCGAGAGUAGGCCCUGAAUACAGUAUUCAUCGUUUUUAUCUAUCGAAUACUGUGUGUUUAUAAAUUUUAAUGUAACGUUAUAAAAUAAUUCAAAAUGAAUACUCCUUCAAAGUUACAAGUCGGCCUUACCUCUGCUGUAGCACUGGGUUUUGCAGGCAUUACAUACUUCGUUCUGAAGCAGACAUUAAAACUGAAAAACACUUCGGAUAUAAUAGAUUAUUUAGUUAUCAAAAUAAUAACCUCUGAAGAAUCUUGUGAGGAAAUGGUGCAAGAAUUACGUAGACGCUGUACUCAACAUCAUGCUGUUGGCUUUGAUUGUGAAUGGGUCACGGAGCAAGGGAAAAGACAUCCUGUUGCAUUGCUACAACUCUCUACUUACGAUGGAUGUUGUGUUCUAUUUAGACUUAGUCACAUGAAGUCUUUUCCUAAAUCUUUAAAGGAUCUCUUAGAGGAUGAAAGUAUAUACAAAGUGGGUGUUGCUCCAGGUGAUGAUGCAAAAUACCUAGCAAAGGACUACUCAGUUCACCUGAAGAGUACUUUGGAUAUAAGGCAUAUAGUGGAAUUAUGUAAAUAUGAUACAGGUGGUCUGGCUUCUUUAGCCAAGAUGUUCCUGGGUGUUGUUUUGGACAAGAGUUGGAGGGUACGAUGUAGUAAUUGGGGUGCAGAUGAGCUAACAGAACGACAAAUACAAUAUGCAGCUUUGGAUGCUCAUGUUGCAAUAAAAAUAUUUGUGAAAGUUGUCAACGACUACCAUAGAAGUCCGCUGUUAUUAUUAUGGAGAAGAAAUAAUAAUGAGCAUUGGAAUAAAAUACAUCAGAUGUGUUCAAAGUAUUUAGAUAUAUGUUUCAAAACAAAGCAGAAAGUUAAAAAAAAGACCACAGAGUACAAAGAUAAAGACAGAAAGGGAGCCAAAGAAAUAUUUAGCAAAAAGUAUCCACAUUCCACUCGAUCUAAGCCCUUGUAUCAUAACUGUUUUCUGCAAGCACCAGAUGGAGAGUUACUCUGUACUUGUGAUAAUAAAAAGGCUAUAUGGUAUGUCGAAAAAGAACUAGCAGAUAUAGUAAAUAAAGAUCCACUAACGGUGCGCCUGCGCUUCGAGCCCGCAGGGCGGUCCGUGGGCGACGUCGGCCGGUACUACCAGCUGACUAAAGAGAACAAAUGUGUUGUUUGCGGGGCUAAGGAUUCAUACAUACGAAAAAACGUUGUGCCUAGAGAGUAUAGGAAAUAUUUUCCUGAGAUAAUGAAAGAUCACUCCUCUCACGACGUGGUGCUGCUGUGCGUGGAGUGCCACCAGACGAGCAACAUGCGCGACCAGCCCGUGCGCGAGGCGCUCGCCCGCCGCUGCCGCGCGCCGCUCGCCGCGCACGACGCGGGCAAGCUCCUGGAGGACAAGGACUGCAAAAAAAUUCGUUCAGCCGCUCGCGCUUUGCUCUACCAGUCCAAAAAGCAUGUGUUGCCCGAAGCGCGUCGUAAGGAGUUGGAGUCAAUCAUACUGCAGCACUAUCUCCAACAUGACGUGAUCACGCAGGAACUGCUACAACAAGCUGCUGAAAUACAAGUUGUUUACGAGAACGCAGACUAUGAAUCCCAUGGUUACAAAGUUGUGGAAUAUUAUCUUGAAUAUGAAGGACUGCUUCGACUGGAGGAAGAGUGGAGGGAGCACUUCCUUUCUUCCAUGUGUCCUAAAUACAUGCCUGAGCUCUGGUCUGUUAAGCAUAAUGAGGAAAGAUUACGAGUGCGGAUGAAUGAGGGGCGACUAUCAGAACAAGACUUAAAAUUGAUAGCUUUGUAAAUACAUUAUGUAUUUGAUUUUAAAUUAAAGAAUUUAUUUUUAAAUGACAAUGAGAAAUUUUAAAUAAUAUUUUUGCAUUUACAUUGUUAUCAAAUAUAUUUAAAAUGACUACUUAAAAUUCAGUCAUAUUAGUAGCAAGUCUUAUUUAUAAACAAAUAUAGAAUAAGAGGUCAGACCACAAUGAUAGAAAUAAUAAUAUAAGAUAUACAUGUUGUACAUAUCUUCAAAAUAAAUAUUUUUUUACAUCUCU